GCUUUGUGUAUGUUCGUGCAUGUAAACGCGCUCGGAGCCUGGUGUCGGGGGACACAACACUAUACAAAUAUUCCUUGUUCCUCUUACACUCAUUGAACAAAGGCCAAUUACCAGCCAUCAGCAUAGUGCGGAACACAUCAAGUGAGAAAACUGCUGAAGUAUGGCCUUUAUUAGCUGUUUGAAAACUGCUUUCACGUUACGUUUUCAAACAAAACACAAAUCGCCACGUAGCGUGGACAUGCAUGACAUUCAGCAGCUUGAAGCAAGAACAGUGAAACUGCACAUCCAGUGGCCUGUCCCGUCCCCUGUGGACCGCGGCAGUCGAUUAUCGUCUGUGAAAGAAAGCAGUGAUAACGAUUUGAGGUGAGCACAGGGCACACGGUCAUCUCCUCCACACUUGUCCAUCAAUAAAAACCCUACCUCCUCUUCCCACUCUACCUAACGGCACCUAGUCUAAGACCACGCAACAAACUUGUUAUAUGAACCGACAGUUCACGACCCAGCCAACCACAUCUCUAACCCCAGCAACUAGUCGAUACACGGCAAUCGGGAGGAGGAGGGAAGAUGUUAUACUUUAAGCCAGAAACUACAGGUAUAUCGAGGUACAACAGAUGUUACAUGCAAGAGAAAGAGCGGCAUGCCCGAGACGAGAUUUGAAAGCAGGGCACCCACCCUCCCUCCUAAAUGACGCAGUGUAGUGGUCAAAGACUGGCUUGCCAGGAUUGAAAGGUCGUUGGUUCACUUCUCGUUUCAGAGUCCUAAACAUUUCUAUAGCUUUAUUAUUAUUAUUUUAAUGGCCAGCGGGGAUUUUGUCCAUGGUUCCUCCCCUUCUUUACCUUUAGAGAGAAAUCUGGCCAGGUUGGAAGCCAUUUCCUCCUGGCAGUCAACUAAUCAAGCAAGCAAGACCAUCCAUGCAUGACUGCUGAUCGGAACGUGACCGGAUGGGAAUAUUUCUGACGCGGCUCGCUGCACCUGCAGGGCGGGUUCCUGUCGCUUGCCGCAGCGCCGUGAUGUGACGGAAUCGAUACACGAUGGAAGACAUCGUAGGUAGGUCGAGUGGGGUAGGUCGGGUGGGGUAGUGCGUCAAGGCGAGUGCUGCUGCAGCAGCAAGUCUCGCGGCACGACAUUCCCACGUUGAGUGUCGCCACUGCCUGCUGCUGCUGACGCCGCGGUGCGUCAGAUCCCAGAGGGUGGGGGUAGGCAACCGUGCGACAAUCACGGCGAGAACAUGUCAAAGAAUGGUGGUGCCACCUGCAAGAUGCCUGUAACACCAAUGACAUUACAGCAUGCACUCUAAAAGCAGGGUAGCACUCUGCGGGAGGAUGCCUGCCUCCCCUCCCCAUCCUUCUAUAUGAUUGGCUGCGUACGAGUAGUCGACUCUUCAACGCACUAGCCUCAACGUGGCAUCAACGGAAGCUUCCGUCACCUGUCAAGUUUGACUUCUGAUCUAACGCUGUCUGCGAGACUGACAAGAGGAUUGUCACCACCACGGCAAGCUCGUAAAAGAGAAAAUGGCUGACGAGGGUGUGCCAUGCUUCGUUCAACGCCGACCAUCUGCCGAUGCCGGAGACUCUGUCGUCGCCUUUGACCCCGCUGGCGCCAUGGAGGAGGUCAGUGAGGUCAUCCCACGUGACUUUCUCAGCUGCCGUCUGUGUAAGGAGGAGUUUGAGGAACCCAAGCUCCUACCCUGCCUCCACUCCUUCUGCCACGCCUGUCUGGCAUCCUACAUCCGGGACACCAAGGACAUGGUCCCCGUGGCGCUCGGCGACCAAGAACCGCCAGGCUUUCUGUGUCCGCUGUGCGGAACCGGGGUAGAGACCCGCGACCCCACGGAGCUACCCGACAACGUGCUGGCCCGACGACUGUCCUACCCGUCCACCCCUCUCCCCCCGGGCGACGCCGCCAGCUGCGCGCAGUGCCGACAGAAAGGUCGCGGCGAGGUCACGACCAGCAUGCACUGCGUGAACUGCGAGGAGAGCCUGUGCGGCGCAUGCGCGGAGCAGCACGUGCAGCAAGAGGAGACCAGCAGCCACAAGCUGGUCAGUCUGAAGGGCGGCAGCGGCGCGGCGGGCGGUGAGCUGGCGGAGGGCCUCCUUGCCGUGCUAUCGCGCUGCUGCGCUCUGUACGACGCUUACGACAUCGGCGCCACCUACUGCGUGGACUGCGACCUGGCGCUGUGCGACACCUGCAGCACGCAGCACACCAGCGCCCAGCACCGCUGUGCGGAGCUCUCCGCUGUCGCCGACAAUUUCGUCGCUAAGAUACAGGAGCCCGUUCAGCAUCUUCGUCGCGAUUCCCAGACACUCGCGCGCCACCUGGCGCACCUGGACCGCGCUGAGCGCCACCUACGCAGGGCACAGAAAGAUGUUCGGAUGAAGAUCCGGCGGCGAACACAAGUGCUGUGCAGCCUGAUCGGCGAGUACGAGGGCAUGCUGUUGCAGGAGACGGAGCGGCGCCACAGGCAGAACCUCUCGACCCUCCAGCAGCGGCGCAUCGCCGUCAUGCAGCAUGCCGCCUCCAUCACCGCAGUCACGGAGCUGACGGACAAGCUGCUUCACUUCGGCUCCGAGGAGGAGAAGGUAGCCAUGCGACGCCGUGUCGGUCGGCGGGUGCGCGAGCUCUGCGAGGCCGACCUGCCCUCCACCCCCGUGGAGAUGACAAGCCUGACCCUCUGCGAGCCUAACGUUACCGUGGAAACGAUAUGCAACUUGUUCGGCGAGUUGAAAAGCGACCUGGUGCGCCAUGGAUCCAGCCGCCAGCUGCUGGGGACAUCGGUGAGUCUGGACUCCGGCCACAGCGUCAGCGAGUCCAUCGACGAAGAGGAGGGCGAGGGAGAAGGGGAGGGAACUAGCGAGUGGAGUGCCGACAACAAGAGUGACGUCGACAUGCUGAGCAACAGCAACCACAGCGACACUUUCCUCAGUUUGCAGCAGGCGGGCAGCGAAGAUGCGCACCUCUCCACUUCCGGCAGCGUGGACCCGGCUGACGUUGGCAACAGUAAAGGAAGUCUGCGCGACAGCGAAGCGGAAUCUGCUGCAGACGACAGGGACGGAGAGCGGGAUGUCUGCGGCGCGGCGGAGGACAACGCCAACUCCUCCUUGCAAUCAGCCGGCUCGCUGCAAGACAACGUGCCUACUCAGCUCUUGGAGACCCCGCGGUUGAGGAUGACGCUGCCCGACCUCAUCUCCCGCGACAGCGUCAAGGGCAUGGGGGUCAACGCUCGCGGUGACGUCAUCGUCGCCACUAAGGCCACGACAGGCAGCAGCAUCUACCUCCUGGAGCAGCAUGGCAUCAUCAGGGGCCAGCAAGCGGUGGCGGCCAACUGGACCGUGCACAGCGUGGCCUCCGACGGCAAAGUGGCCUUGAUUGUGGCCCGCGGCGACAACCGCUACAAGGUCAAGGUCAUGAGCGAGGACGGAAGUGGGACGGUGUUAGCCGACAUGCACGUCGAAAGCUACGGCUUCAAUUUCGCUACGACAACGCCUUCUGGGCGCCUGCUGGUGGCCUCCAGCCGCUACCCCCGCUCGAGCCAGAAGGGCAAGGCUAUCAGAACCGGCGGGAACGUCGCCGUCUACGACCCCCAAGGUCGACUAGAGAGAAGAAUCACCAACGAAGACAUUUCCCCCGGGGAUGUAUGCCUCAUGCAGAAGCCUCACUGGCUGGCCGCCGACGCCCAGGACAACAUCUUCGUGGCGGACCCGGCCUCCCACUGCGUUGUGGGAAUCACCAUCACAUCCUCGCUGUUGUUCAAACUGGGAAACUGUGACAUGGACAACGAAGAUCUUUACCAAGGCCCUGACAGUGUCAGCGUGGACAGCUGUGGCCACGUCAUGGUCAUGGACAAGAAGGAAGGGAGAAUCGACAUAGUCAAUUACCAGGGCCAGCUACUGAAGUGUCUCUUCCCAUCGGAAACCUUCAGGUUUGUGGCUGCGGCACCCGAGGGUCAGUUGAUGAUCGAAACUACAGAUGGAUAUGUCAAGUUUUACAACUACUCGUAAACAUACCAACAACGACUUUGAUAUAUCCUCACAAAUUCGCAGACGGCUUUAUCAUGAUAUAUCCAUAACCAUAUUUAUGUUUUGGUAUAUCUCAAAGAUUUAUAGACGGUUUGAAACUCCAGAAGCAUUAUUUAUGCUUUUUUUUUUGUUCAACUUCCUGCAUUUUGUCAAGGUUUCUAAGAGCAUGUCCAAUGAUAACAUCGGGCGCGCGGAUGAAAAGUGUGAAAUGACUUGGGAUGAUGCGCUGGGUUAAAACAAAUGCUCACACAACUCAGCAAUUUAGUCCAUAUGCAACACUGCUGGCUAGAGUUCUGCAAAGUUCAAGUUAAGGAUACCACGCCAUGUGAAGUUUCCUAUGGAGCUAUGUUUUCCUACUAGUAGCACUACUGCAACUACAAGAUAUAUGACCUUUAGUUCCCCCCCUCCCAUAUCCUAUAUAAUUUGAUUUCUAUAAAAUGCUAUCACAUAUUGUACAAAUACUUUUUAAGUAUUCAUUGUUUAUAACACAGCUUUGUACUUUUUCUACUCCUCGUUUUUUCUCCCACUACUUUAUUAUUCUUUUCAUGCUUUCUAUCCACCUUGUACUUCUUCCAUUGUUUUUUGAUUUCCUCUUCUGUCACCCAUACACUUUUGUCUGUGUAUGUCUCUUAAUACAACUGUUAUAAAAAGACUUGACAUGGGGAAUAUACUGAAAGUCACACAACUAAAAAGUGAACAACACAUGCAACAAACAGAAAAUGCAACAGAAAGAGUAGUAUCUGUGUAUAAGAGUGUGUGUGUAUAAAGCAGAGUAUGUGUAUAGGUAUGUGUGUGUAAAUAUAUAAACAAUACAAGCAGUGACUGUAUGUCA